AUGGGGAAGAAAGUAUGCGUUUUGGGAGCCGGUGGUGGAAUCGGUCAACCAUUGAGUUUGCUCAUGAAGCUUUCUCCCCAAGUGACCGAACUCAGCUGUUACGAUAUUGUUGGUACUGCCGGUGUCGCUGCGGAUCUUUCCCACAUUCCCUCCAAUUCCAGUGUCACUGGCCACUUGCCAUCGGCUGGAACUUGGCCUCCAACCCACGAUACUGGUUUGGAAGCUGCCCUGAAAGAUGCUGCCGUCGUUGUGAUUCCUGCUGGAGUUCCAAGAAAGCCAGGCAUGACUCGUGACGAUCUUUUCAAUACUAAUGCAGGAAUUGUCAAGACACUCGUCGAAGCCUGUGGAGACUUCUGCCCCGACGCCGUUUUGGCCAUUAUUUCCAACCCCGUCAACAGUACCGUUCCAAUUGCCGCUGAAGUGCUCAAGAAGAAGGGCGUCUACAACCCAAAGAAGGUCCUCGGUGUCACCACUUUGGAUGUCUGCCGCGCCAAUACUUUUGUCGGAAACGCCAUGGGCAAGAACCCCGACGAUGUUGAUGUCACUGUGAUUGGUGGACACGCUGGAAUCACUAUUCUUCCUCUCUUCUCUCAAGUUGAGGGAUUCAGCCCAUCUGAUGAAGAACUGGAAGCAUUGACCGUCCGAACUCAAUUUGGUGGUGACGAAGUCGUCAAGGCCAAGGCAGGAGCCGGUUCCGCCACCUUGAGUAUGGCUUAUGCUGGAUAUGUGUUUGCCGAAAAUGUUCUUAAGGCAAUGGAUGGAGACGAUAGCAUUGUCCAAUGCGCAUAUGUUGAAUCUACCUUGACAGAUUCCCCAUACUUUGCUUCACCUUGCAAAUUCGGCAAGGAUGGUGUCGAAGAAGUUCUAGGAUUUGGAGAAAUUACCGCCUACGAACAAGGAUGGUUGGACAAGAUGCUUCCAGACUUGAAGAAACAAAUCCAAAAGGGAGUUGACUUCGCCAACAACUAA